UUUUGAAAUUAGUACUAUGGAGAAACGACAAUGCGCAAUAACUGUAUGUUCUAAAACACCAGGACAGCCUAUAAGAAAUGUAACAGAAUGGUUUUGGAAUAAAGCUCAAGAAAGCGGCACUUUACCAGAUUACUUAAAAAUUGGAGAUCCGGUUUGCCAAUUAUGUUACAAUAAAAUGGUUGUUCGACCUUCAGAUAGUAUGAAAAAACAUGCACGGCCCAUAGAUAGUAUAAAUAGUAUUCAGAUUUUAGAUUCAAUAGAGGAGCCAGCACAGGAGUUAAUUAGAGAUAACA